GCAUACACGAAUUUCGAGAUACUGAAAGGCAGUUAAAUUAUAAGUUGCUGCAGUUUUUAUGUAAUUUAGUCUCCCCCUUAUCCUCCCGGUUACGUUACAUAACAGGGUAAUAGAUGUUGCCGGCUGAAGUCCACGGACUAUGCUCCACAUCCGGACGUCUUAUCAAGGACGAAUCACUUCGGAGCAGCUCCGGAGACUUGCCUUCCAAUGACUUGCAAUGACUGCCACAGAACACCGGCAACAGAUAAUUGAGGUCACUCCGUGCCUUGCCUCACAUUAGUAGUUAUGCCAUUGCUUUAUCUUGGCGGAAUUAAGUGAUAUUUUGCCCAAAGGCGUCAAUUGAGUGUACAGACCACCUACAGACUUGUAGCAAUGGAGUGGGUGAUCACUCCUUUCGAUAUUCUUUCCUGUAUACCUCGGUGGUUUGUUGGUGCAAUUUUAGGAAUAAUAUUUCUCAUGUAUUACCUUCGUGAAGCUGUCCAGCAACCUGUCAUCGCUUGUUCGCGCGGCAAAUUUCGAGACUUCCUGGAGGAUCAUGUGCCUAUCCUCAAGGAAAAAUAUUGGCCUACAUUUUGGUGCUUUGAAUCCAGAUUGCAAACAAUAUUUGCAAGUCUUCUACGCUCCAAAUUUCUCCCUGAUAUAAAAUAUCGAAGAGAAAUUUUACGUUUGAGUGACGGAGGAGAAGUUGGCUUAGACUGGUUAGAAGAUGGCUGUGUCCCCAGCUCUCCCAUUAUUAUAAUUCUUCCUGGUUUGACUGGUGAAAGUCAAGCUGAUUAUGUGAAGUGCUUAGUAACUACAGCAAAUCAAAUCGGAAUCAGAAUAGUUGUGUUCAACAACAGAGGAAUGGGUGGAAUAGACUUGAAGACUCCACGUACAUAUUGUGCUGCAAAUAUAGAAGACUUCACGGAAGUAGUACACCAUGUUAAAAAUUCGAAUGCCAAUGUGCCUUUGGCUGCCACAGGAAUCUCAAUGGGAGGAUUAAUUCUUGGAAAUUAUCUAGCUUCUAAAGGUGGUGAAGCAAGAAAAAUAUUUUCUGCAGCAAUGGUUAUCUCUGUUCCUUGGGAUGUGUUUAAAGGUACAGAGAGUAUUGAAAAGCCCAUUAUUAAUCUAAUGUUGAAUUGGCAUUUAUGUGGAGGACUAUGCAAGACAGUGGAAAGGAUGGAACAGUGCUUGGGGAGGAGCUCAGAAGAGAUUCAGAGAACAGUCUCUUGGGAUGUGAAAUCUGUUCUUCAGAGCAAAACCAUUCGAGAAUUUGAUUCAAAAUUUACCACCAAGCAGUUUGGAUUUAAAGAUGUAGAAGAUUAUUACACCCAAGCCACAAUUCACACAAAAAUUGACAAAAUACAGGUGCCUUUAUUAUGUCUUAGUGCUGCUGAUGAUCCUUUUCAACCAUUGGAUGCUAUUCCUGUGGAUGCUGCCAAUGAAUCAUCCAAUGUGGCAAUUGUGAUAACAGCUCGAGGUGGUCAUAUUGGAUUUCUGGAAGGGUUUCUGCCUGCCUUAGAGAAACAGUAUAUGAGCCGUCUAUUUUGCCAGUUUUUUGCUGCUGUUUUUAGAGAUGGUGCAGCUCUUUUGAGCUCAUCAGAUUCUGAAGAAUGAUUGGUGUCACUCUUGCCUUUUAGAAAAUUAUACAAUUUUUUUUCCUUUCCUUUAAAACUUAUGGCUAUUGAAUGAUAGUUAUGGAUAAUCUUUGUAAGUUAGUUUUAUGAUUUUAACACAAAGUAUUAGUAAAUGGCACAAAUCAUGAGGAAGAUAUCUUUAUUGGAAUCUUGAAGUUAAAUAUGAUAGGCUCAAUUACAUAUUCAAGAAACAUUGAUUUUUAACAUGUUUCUCUCAUGACAAUUUUAGAGUAGGUACUAGGUACAGUCCUUUUAAAAUUUUUAUACUGCAUUAUACAAAUUUAUCAAAUUAAUGAGCAAGAAGUACUGGAAGUGUAAUAGCAUUGUGCAAUUUUUAUUUUCAUCUUCACGCAUUGUGUAUGUGCAUAUUCACUAUCAAGAUUUAACAUUGAUAGAGAUUCACUUAUCAAAUCAAAAAUUCAUAUUAUUAGCAUAUAAAAUAUAUUAUUGAAAGGGGCUUGUAGAUGAUCAAGUAAGCAGAUUAAAAAUUGUCCAUCUUUAAUAGUGAAUGUGCAUGUUGAAGUACAUUUUAAAUGAAUAUUUGGGUGAUUUUCACUCAUCAUAUAUUCAGUGUCAUUAGUUUUAUUUAAUUUCCAUUGUGUUCAGUUGUAAUACAGGUUAUUACUGGAAAGUGAUUAAAAUGUGAAGUAAAACUUGAAACCCAUGAGUGAGUCACCUAGAGGAAAGGAUGUAUUAUUUACAAAUGUGAUAAUAUAACAUUAAUUUUUUAUUAUUGUUAUUGUUAAUAUAGAUAGAAUUUCUGUUUACUUGUCUUUAUAUGUUACCUCUACUUUGGCAAUGCCUUUUAGCUGAAGUAGGCAUUUAAAAAUAUAUUGUUAGCUUGAAAAGCAUUUAAUGAUAAUUGUUUUCACAAAAUGUGUCUGACUUGGACAGAGUGUUAUGAGCAACAUUUGUCAAAUCAGAUCUGAUGUUCUUGUAAACAAUUGUUUGCCAUAUUGUAUUUUCCAGUUAAAGGAAAACAGGUUGUAUGAUACACACUGUUAUCAUGGAUAGCAUUGUAAUGUGAAAUGUGAUAUAUUCUAUGUUUUCAAGUGUAGACAAGCAGCAGAAACAGUUACAACUGUUCAAAUAAACAAUUAAAAUUUCAAGGUAUGAUUUCUAAGUUUUUGUUGAUUGAUCCGAGACCAACAGAUUGGUCUUCAGCAUUUGUAAUUGUCUUAGAAUGCCUACUUUGGUCAUUUGUAUUUAAUUCUGUGGAGGAAGUACCCAAUUAUAUUACAGACAGUCCACUUUGCACUUGUGGUUAAAAUUUUUAAUUAAAACAUUCAGCAUUAAAAUAAGAGAAAACAGUAAAAUAUUUUUUAUUACAACAAAAUGUACAUUUCAUGAACCUGAAUUUUUGCACCAUCCCAAAUUCAGAUUCAGGAACAGGUUCUUUAAUGUUUUUUACUAUUUGAAAUUUGUUAUUGAGCAUAUUUCUAAUUACUAUAUAUGUUCUCAAGUUUUAUCGCUUUAUUUUUAACUUUAUAAUUUUUGAUACAUAAGGUAGAAUUAACAUAUUUUGUCUAAUUUGGGUAUGAGUUGGUAAGCUACAUUGACGUAGUUGUGAUCUCUCUUAUAGGAUAUUUAUUCUGUUAAUAAUUUGUGUGGCAAAUAUUUUCAAUUAAAAUUUGUUUUACAAUUUUUAUUGAUUUCAUGAAAAAUAGGAUGAGAUAGUAAGGUGGCUCAAUCAACCAGAUUAUAUGUAACUGCUCUUUUCUGAUGUAAAGGUUGUUUAGAGAAAAACAUAAAGGUUCAUUUUGCAGCAUGUGCUUCCAAAACAAUUAGUAAUUAUUUCACCUUUUUAUGAUGUAAAUUUACAUCCAAGAAGUUUAAAGAAUUCUAUGGUCAAUUGUAUUGCAUCAUUAAAUCUGUUAAAUAUAUUCAGAAUGUCUAUAGCUUUGUUUCUGGAGACAACAAAAGAUAAGUCAUCCACAUCCCUCUUCUAGUAAAAAGGUUCAAUGAGAGGUAGUAUGGUGUCAUCUAGCUUUCUCAUGACUAAUUCUGAAAAAAAGUGAACUCUGUGAACCACCGUUGAGUCAGUUGAUGUAAAUCAAUUAUCAAAUGUAAAUUCCAUAUUGGAUAAAUUGCACUUAAUCAUGAACAAUUUCUUGUAUUGAGAAAGUGAAAUCCAUCAGUUGAGGUAAAAUCUUUUCUAAAACUUAUUACCUGUGUGUGUGGGUUAUUGGGGAACAUUGAGUUAGAUCAAAACGGGAGUAGUUUUAUGGAUUUUUAAUAGGCCACAGCCCUUCAGUAUUCAGCCAAUCGUGGGAUAAAGGUAUUUGAAAGUCUUCAAAUGUAUGUACUUAUUUGUUUUCCAUCUUUUAUCUAUUUCUUUGAGGAAACAAAACUGAUUACUUAGUGAAACAAAAGGUGUAUUUUGUUUUAAUGCAAAGUAUUUUACUGUUUUCUCUCAUUUUAAUGCAGAAUGUUUUAAACAACAAUUGUAACCAGUAAUGUAAAGUGAACUGUCUGUGAUAUAAUUGGGUACUUUCUCCAAAGAAUUUAUUAUUGCCAUGUUCUGUAAUUUUGUGUUCAUUGCAAUAGCAACAAGUGAGUUGGAAAUUAAUGAUUUAAUUUCAAUUGGAACUCCACAUUUAAUAUUGAAACAGUUGUAAUAUUCAGUUAAGUGAGAGUGCAAUUAUUAUUGAGAGACAAGCAACCAAGCAAAUAUAUCUCUGCAGUUAACCUAGAGAAUGAUAAAGCAUCUUAUUUGUGUUACUGUAGAAAGGGAAGAGGAGUAAUGACAUACUUGUAAGGUUGAGCUAAUGUUCUAAUGAUACUUGUGACUCGUAAUUACCAAUACAAUGCAGAUUUGGUGAAGUCGAGUUCUGAAAAGACAGGUGUUCUCAUCUGCUAUAUUCAUCUCUUGCUUUGCAUGUCUUGAAUAGUGAAGUGUGUUUAAAAGCAAUAGUAAUGUGUGUUUUGAGUCAUUGUUCUUUUUUCAAUACUAAUGUGACAUUGAAGAUUUUAUAUAAAUAAUAACUAUAUUUAAAUAUUGUUGAAACACUAGGAUAUACAUAUUUUCUUUGAUGAGAAACAAAUUUCAAACCACCUCAAAUUGUUUGUACUGUCAAUGCCCUACAUGCUACUUCAAUAUGGCAUUUAUUUAGCAGUUUUUUAGAAACUAAACCGUAAAGUAUUUUCUUUUAUAAAGUAAUCAAUUCUUACAUUAAUUUUUUCUCUGGUUCUGAUUAUAUAUUAAGAUUCCAUGACAUUCAUACUUAAACAAGAGGUUAUAAAAUGUAAGUAAAAUUUCACUAUUGUUAAUGAUAAUUUAUAUGAUUGUAACAAUUACUGGAGUAAUUUCAUGUUUUCAAACCAUGACAAAAUAUCAUCUUUGGUAUCACAACUUCAAACAAUUUAAAGUAUUAAAAAAUUAAUAUCCUAGUGUUUCAACAAUAUUAUUAUAUACCUCUCCUCUAUACAAACAAUUUAGCAUAUAAUUUCAUCUUUCUGAAGCCUUACUGAUCACAUUGGCACUUCUUUUAGAGCUCUGCAGCAUUCUGGAUGCCUUUGACCAUAUGUUUCCACAGUCACUUGAAAAGAUAAAAAGUGUGUCCAUCAUAUAUUACAGCAAGUUGUCAUUUCCUCCAGUUUCCUUUCAAUGCCCCUGAAUAAUUCAAGUGUUUCAUUCUCUAGAUUAUCUGUGUUAUUUAAUUUUAAACACUUGAAGACAUUAGAAUUACAUGGUGCUAAAGAGUUUUAUCUUUUAACUUACACAUAUGUCUACUUUGAAAGUUGUUACUAUUUAUUGUGUAUAAUUUUAAAUAAUUCAAACCAUUUCUACAUAUUUUUAAAUUACCUCAAAUGCAAUAUUCAAUGAAAACUUAGGAAAUAGUAGAAUGGAGAUUUGCAAAGGUGGUCAUAAAGAUUAGUAGUAAUCUAAACAAAUGCAUUUCUAAGCACUGUCAUUACAUGAUUAAUAUAAUAUGGUCAUAAAAAAGUUAUUUCUGAAGAAGAUGCAAAUGAAGAAAAAAAUUCUUGGUAAUGAAAAUUUAGACAAUUUUAAUACACGAGUAAGUCAUAUUAAGCUGAAGGUUCUGAUCAAGAAACUGAAAUAGGAGAAAUAAGAUCACUCUUUCUACAACAGACAUAACUCAAAAGUUGGAAUUAUAAGAAUUAAGUAGUAUAAAGAAAUCGAAUUUUUAGUGUACUUGUUUUUAGCAUAGCAACUUAACUGUGCUUGAAAAUUUUACCGAGUUUUUGCUUUUGCAUCCUUGUAAUCUAAACACAAACCUUAUUUGUAUAAAAAAUAUUUUGUCUGCCACUGCCGGUACACCACUGCCGUAAAUAAUGAGCUUUAUAUAAUGUAUUCGCUGUACUCAUGGUUAUUCAUUGAAAUCAUGAUUGUGGAAGAAAAUGUGUAGUAAUGACAUGGCAAGGCAAUGCAAUGCACAGAAGUAUUGAUAUUAUUUCAUGUUGUUUUUUGGAAGCGAGGGAAAUGUAAAAGUGCAUUUUACACACUAAAAUAGAGAUGUUAAAUGUUUAUGUUGGUUGUUUCUGUUAUUUUAUGAUAACGGACCAGAAAUCGCUCCUUGGCACGUUUAUUUAAUUUUAUUUCACAUUUUAGAAUAUGUGCAGUUGUUGUAUAAGAACUGAAUAUUUAGUUUAUUAGAGAUUUUUAUAAAUCCUAAUUGAAUCCCACUCUGCUUUCUUUCUCUUUAUCAGUCUUUGUUGAGAAGUAUCCAAAACAAAGCAGAACAGACUAUUAGUUCCUCAGCUGUAUUAAAAAAGUAAUAAAAAGCAAGUUUUCUCUUGGUGGAAGAAUAAACAGUUUCCAAGCAUUGGUAUUUCAAUAAGUAACUGUGACUAUGACUUGAAGUAUUUAUUUACCUAAUUAAAUUAUUUGUAGUGCUAUUUUGCUGAAGUACACUUAAUUUCACCAGUAAUUUUUUUCCGACUUUUAAAAGCAUUUUCGAUAAGCAUCUCAAAGACAUGGUUGUGUAAUUUCGAAAGUUUAAUCCUAUGCUAUGGACAUCACAAAAUUGUCCUUGAUAUUCACAGCUUUAAAAGUUCAAUGUAAUUAUUUAGUGAGUAGCCAUUAGAUUAGUAAGUUUUAUGAGAAGAGACACACUGCAUUACAGAAGUCCUUGAUUUCCAAUUUAAGCAUUUAUUUUAUUAAAAAUUGGAAAAUAUUAGUAUUUAUAAUUUGUCUUUUGUCUAAACUAUCACCUUCAUUAUAAUUUUUUUUCUAUGGUAUUUAUCCUUAAUAUUAUGAAGCAAAAUAACAGUGUAAUUAAUUCAAAUAAUUAUUUUAAAAUAGUUAUAAAAUGCCAAAAAUUCAUUCACAUAACUCAAAUUAACCUCAACACAUUUCAAAUUAAUCUCAAUAUGUCUUAGAAGUUAAAAGGAGUUUAGGUAUUCUGUUGUUCAAAUGGUGAACAAUAAGUUUCUGAUCAUUGCAACAACACCAAAAAGUAACUCCUGCGACUGGGGUCUCUCUAAUUUUGUAUGUUUGUUAUGUUUAUAUAAUUAUUGUUGUGUAUUAUUGCUAUACUUGCAUGCAGAUAUAUUUUUGGUAUAUUAUUACACAAUUUUCUGUAGUCACAAUUGCUAAGAAUAAAAUCAUGUUGAUAAACCAAGACAUUGGUUUCUGUAAAUUGACAUUUCUGUAGAUAUAAAAAUUAAAUACAGUAUUAAUU